AUGAAUCCUGACAAUCCUCGUACGCUUACCGUUUUGGCCAUGGUUCACAUGAACCGUCACAUCUCUUUAAGAGAGAUGGAGAGAGAUUCAGGGAUCUUGAACGAAAGUCCCGAGUUUUUCCAAAAUGUCCUUUUCAGUGAUGAAGCGACGUUUAAAAGUACUGGCGCGUUAAACCGUCAUAAUGCCCAUUAUUGGUCUAUGGAAAAUCCUCACUGGACUCAGCACGUUGACCACCAGCAUCAGUGGAAUGUAAAUGUGUGGUGUGGCAUUGAUGAUGGGCAAGUGAUUGGGCCGUAUUUUUUCAACCAAACAGUCACCGGUCAACGCUAUUUACAGUUUUUACAAGAUGACCUCCCAGUUUUAUUGGAACAUGUACACUUUGACAGAAGACUAAGAAUGUGGUUCCAACAAGACGGUGCGCCACCGCAUUUUGCCCUUUGUGUAAGGAAUUAUCUCAAUGUUCUGUUUCCUCGUCGUUGGAUCGGCAGAGGUGGUGCUGUUAUUUGGCCUCCGCGAUCACCUGAUCUAACUCCACUUGAUUUUUCUUUAUGGCGCUACAUUAAAGAUGUAGUCUACAAAAAUCGACCAACGACUGCAGAAGACAUGAAAACACGUAUCAGAGGCGCUAUUGCCAACAUUCCUCAACAAGCGCUUCGAAAUGUUGUGCAGAGUUUCCGACGUCGACUUGAGUUGUGUCUUGAAGUGAAUGGUGGGAACAUUGAGCACUUGUUGUAA